UUGUUCUGUGAGGCUUCACUGAAUGCAGCUCCGAGCUAUCAAGCUGUAGCCUGCUGUCGGCAUAGAGGCAAAGGCUGCACUGUCUGCUAACACGCACACAGAAACACAGGUCUGCCUGGUUUUUCAAGGGAUUAUUAUACACCUCGCACCCUGUACUAGCCUGGCAGAUGUUCUGCGCAUGAAUGUCAGAAUAGGAACGGUGUUGGAGUCCCUUUCUUCAUCCGGCCCGCAGCCUCCUGUCACCCAGAGAGCAGGAAGAAGGAAAGAAAGAGCUGCGAUGGAGAGAGCGUGAAGGAGGGUCUGCUCUGGAAAGCCAAAGAAGGAAAGAGAGAGACCGAGACAGAGAAAGAAAGAGAGAGGUGAAAGUGGACAAACUGGAGAAGACAAGGUCAUAAAAACACAGGAGACAGAGAGAUGGCUUCGAACUUCAACGAUAUUGUCAAGCAAGGUUACGUUCGGAUGAGAAGCCGAAAACUGGGGAUUUACCGCCGAUGCUGGCUGGUGUUUAAGAAAUCUUCCAGCAAGGGCCCCCGACGGCUGGAGAAAUACCCAGAUGAGAAAUCCGCCUACAUCAGGGCGUACCCCAAGGUAACAGAGAUAAGCAACGUGAAGAAUGUGACCAGGUUGCCCCGGGACACCAAGAGACAGGCAGUAGCCAUCGUCUUCACUGACGACACGUCCCGCACCUUUACCUGCGAGUCAGAGCUGGAAGCUGAGGAGUGGUAUAAGAUCCUGUCCAUUGAGUGCCUGGGAGCCAGACUCAAUGACAUCAGUCUGGGGGAGCCUGAUCUCUUAGCAGCCGGAGUGCAGUGUGAACAUACAGAGCGCUUCAACGUGUUCCUGCUGCCCUGCCCAAACCUGGAUAUAUACGGCGAGUGCAUGAUGCAGAUAACCCACGAGAACAUCUACCUCUGGGACAUUCACAACCCCCGCACCAAGCUGGUCACGUGGCCGCUCUGCUCGCUGCGGCGCUACGGCCGGGACGUCACCAGAUUCACCUUCGAGGCCGGCCGGAUGUGUGACAGUGGAGAGGGGCUCUACACAUUCCAGACCCGGGAGGGGGAGCAGAUCUACCAGCGAGUGCACUCAGCCACCCUCGCCAUCGCUGAGCAGCACAAGAGGGUCCUGCUGGAGAUGGAGAAGAAUGCCAGGCUGCUGUCGAAAGGCUCGGAGCCAAGUUCCUACCCCUGCAGUCCCAACACUAUCCUGCCACGCAGCGCCUUCUGGCAGCACAUUACGGGCAUCCAAAGCAGCGCAGACAUGACCAACGGUGACCUGUAUGCAGAUUCCCAGGGGGACCCUGAAGCAGACCUGCACCCGACCCGCCUGCCCCUCGAGCCCCACAGCCCUGCAUUCAUGGGCCGUCACCCUGGCAUGUUCCCCAGCUACCCUGGUCAGUGACGGGCCGGUCCGUGCAUUCUUUCCCUCUUACCGCCUCAACUUUGCUGGGACUGGACUGUCACCCCCUACCCCACCUACUCCCCCGACACAGAGGGAGGUGAUCCUGCUAGAGUCGGGACAGACAGAGGGGUAGGCUUGUGCAUUUCUGCAGGACAUUCGAUCACAAAAGAGGAGCCCCCAGAAGUAACUUUAUCUUAAAAUCAGAAGCAAGGGACCCUCCGAGACGGAAGAAAAGAAUUCAGAUCCUCUUGGUUUGAAGAUUUGAUAAUCUGCACACGGGAUGAAGACUUUAAAAAAAGUUGAAGAAGACACACGAUUUUAAGCAUCUAGAUUUUCUCUUUUUGUUUUUGUUUUCUUGCAAAACUUUGUGUUGUUUUUUUAUUAGACACUUCCUAAAGAGUGCAUCUCUCCUUGCAUGGUCGCUGGAAAUCUGCAAUUAAGUUGUUUUGAUGUUUGGAGGAAUGUUAACAGUCUUUAAGCGGCACUUGUGGUAGAGGAUUUCGCCAUGCCCCUGACCUUUGAUGUCACCAAGCAGAAGAUUACUGACGAAUAGGCUGGCAGGACUGCAGACGCACCUUCAGCUGUUGUAUUUAAGGGGAGCCUCUUAUGUUUCACGGUUGAUGUUAUUCAAUAGAUCCCAGGCAAUCUAGAGAAGGACAGCAUCAUGCGGAGCAAGCCAAGGCCAAGUGGAUUAGUAGCACAGUAUACUAUUUUUUAGCCGUUAACCUUGCAGCUGUAUGUCCUGUAAACCCCUCUGUAGUGCAGGAAUCUGUACUGCUGUUGCCUGAGAAUGCACACAUUCCUCUCGGGUCACCUGAACAAGGUUUUACAUGUGCUGCUGUGUUACAGAAGGGUAAUCUGCUUUCUAUAAUGGACUAUUCUAAUACAAAUGAACUUGUGGAGCUGUGUUGAUCUCUUUAAUUCCUUUUUUUUCUAACCGUGAAUGUGUCAGAACAGAAGUAAGGAACUUAAAGGGCCAUUCUAAUUGUGGAUUUUGAUUCCGAAUCCGAGCCCAGCGACAUCAUCGUAGAACUGAGGCAGAGAAGACUGUGUGCUGAACCCCUCUCCUCACCCUCAUUCUUUAUUGGAUUUUGUUGGUGACGAUUUGAAACCAGUUUGAAGAAACAGGAUUGCAUUCUGGAACAGGCGAGGGGUGCGCUUUAUCUCGGUUAUAAUUUGUGCUCCAAAUUUAAGCUCUCAAAGGUUCAAGGAAGAGGAUAAUCCAGGUGUUUAAAAAGACUGUUUUGGUUUGAAUUUGUAUGUUUUAUUUUGUUAUUAUAUUAUGUUAAUAUUGUUAUUUGUUAUGAUUUGUUGUUGUUUUUUUUUUUUUUUUUUAAAAACAUUAGGUCAGAUUAGAGACCUCUGUGUUCUUGAAGUAACAUUUGCACUUGGAAAGGAUUUUAAACAAUCUGUUUAGACAACUCAGGAGAAAACUUCUUUAUAGUUUGAACAUUUUUCUUACUAAGAGUGGUAUGCACAACUCCUGCAGCCUGUAUCGGGGAGCAGAGUAAACACAUUGUGUUGUGGGUGUCAAGGGCUCAGCUUGUCCCAGCUACCUGAAAAGGAGACCUACAGACCAAAUGCUUUACUUAGACCUAGCUAAGGUGUUCCACUUCAAGAGGUACCUGAACAAGACAAACAAAGUGUGGGAGAAGAUAACAAAAGCAAUCCCAUUUUCAAGUGACUGUUUUCAAUAACAUUGCAAUACCAUAACAUGCGUUUUUUUCUGAUGCGUGUAUACUGUGUAGGAUGCCUUUUUUAUUGACGUUAAAGUGCGAUUAGGCGUAAGCUAGCUAUUAUUGAUAUUUUUUUGGCUGGCAGAUUUAUAAUAGAGAGAAUGGCAAGGCAAUUUAACACAUUGGUACCAAAUCACUGUAGGAAAAAGGUGACUUUGUCCAUUGAAUGAUGCAGAUUUUAAACUAUUACUUUCCAAAAUGCAACCCAGCUCGGUGGGCACUAAGCUAUUUGAACCUGCUACCUUUCUGCAAUGCAGGUUAUUCACACUCACUAUCUAUUGCAAUUCAACUAUGCUUAUAACAUUAAAAAAAUAUAUAUAUCAUAUUCCACAACAUUGCACAUUUUCACGUUGCACAUUCCCAUAGUAAAUGAAAGCAGGCAUGCGAAAAGGCUUGAGAAAAUUAGCUAUUUAAUUGACAGGAGGUUACAAUUCACUGAGAAAUAGAUGAUUAAGACAUUCUGUGUAUUUACUUGACCUCUGACCCUUAUUGGUAUGCAAAGUGGAACACCUUAUUUUUAAAGGCUAGUUAGUGCUCGAUUCCAAUAAAAAAAAAAAAAUACAGUUUUGCUGUUUAUGUCACUUCCAUCUUUAAGAAGGGCUAAGCUUUUGUUGAACAGAUCUCUUCACUCUGUAAGCUUCAAAUAACCUGGGUUCUAAUUCAGCCCCCCGGGGCAUGUGUGUGUAUAUAAUGCUAUCUGUUUCACCUGAUGUGUCAGUGUGCCCACUGGGGCACGGGAACGUUCUUAUGGAUGGGUGGGGGCUAUGGAUAGCAUUCUGAUGUGUCCCUGGUAACAUCUGGAAGGAAAGGAAAGGAACCUAGUAAUAAAAUUAGACAACAGUUUCAAUGAGAAGGCAAUAGGCUUGAUUCUCCAAGCUAUUUACUCUAAAUACUCAUGAGCACUUUUUUUUUUCAGAAAGAAAAAAACUCACCUGAUAAAGUUACUGAACAUCUCAGACAUUUAAUUAAGUGCUUUUUAAGUAGUCUUAAGGUAUUUAUUACUCAUUUUAGAAGUGUGAUUCGUGUUGCUUUUCUUUACAAAAAAGUUGUGCUAAGGACAAUUUGGAGUAAGUAUAGUCUAGCGCAGUCUUCUCUAUAUCUUAUAACGGAGUGUUUAAAGUUACUUGCUGCCCAGCCCUUUAUCCCUACAUUUAAUUCACUCUGCCACCUGCGUUACACUCCAUGUCCUAACCAGAGUGCUAUCCAAUAGACAAACUAGACAGCAGUGUUUUUUUUUUUUAAUGAAAAGCCCAUAAAAAUGAGUUGCUUGCAUUUUCAUUUUCAUGUCAAGGCUUUCCUAGAACCCAGCUGCUGUAGACAAAGAUCACUUUCGGUUUGUUCUAGAACUUGAAUUUCUGCCUUAAGACCAUUUCUAUUUGUUUGUUUUUAGAGGGAGGGAGGGGGCGUUACAGUUCCUCCAGAGAAGGGGAACUAGGUGGUUGAUUGUGCUGAAGCAGAUCAACCUUGCUCGUCCUUCCAGUUUGACUCAUUCAGCUAAUUCUUUUGGUUUUCUGAUAUUCUUUGGGAGGGUUGUGUUUUUCACUGAGUAAGGUGGCGAGAGAGGAGGUGGGGAAGUUUCCUGGUUAAUCCACAGCUUGUAUUGUCUGUUAACUAGGCCUUUCCUUUGUAUAGCAUCUAAAUAAAGAUUGAUUUGCAUUGCACAGCAUUGACAGUGACACAAUUCUGCUCAACAGGGAGUUCGGAACAAUGCAGGUCCUUAUUCUGAUAGUUUUGGUUUUGAGUCCCUUGCUUUUAGAGAUAGUGUGUGUUUCAGUUUGGCCUAUCUGUGAAAUGGCCCUUGAGGCACUUAUUAUAUUUAAGUCUGAUCGGACUGGAUAGGUUCAACAAUGUCCUAUAUUGCACUUGCUUUACCCCCUCCUCUCUCCCCUAUUUAAUAUUUAUUAUGAGGAUAUAUAGGCAGAUAGCUGCAUAAAUAGAUAGGCAAGAUGGGAAAGGGAAAAUGGAGUUGGCAGUGAGGAAUGCUAUAGUCGAAUCAAAAUGUAUGUUUAUAUAUUAAUGAAUGAAAUAUAUUUAGCUAUAUUUCAAAUGUAUUUCGACUUCAAAAAAAUACUAUUAUAGUUAGAUAUGGUACACAGUAUAAUAUGCAUUGUAAAAUCUGAAUUGGUGCCUAUUUAUUUAUCUGUCUGUCCAUGUGCAGUUGAAAGGUCUCUUUUGGGCUGGCGGCUGCCCUCUCAAAGGCACACUAUAAGGCUUAUACCCAACCCAACCCAAGAGCCACUGUAGUUAACUCCUCAUCUCCACCUCCCCUGCCUAACCCCUGUUUUAUCAGGGCAGGACUUAACCUCCCAGCUCUUGUUACCUCCAUGUAAAAUACCUCGAACUCACUGUAGAUGACCACAGGCCAGAUUUGCUCAUUUAUUAUACCGUAGAGCGUCAGAUAUAUUCGUGUUACAGGUACCUGCUAUGGACAUUUUAUUUAGGUCACUGAAGAGCAUGUCGCCAUGGAACCCAGCCUUGCAUGACAUUAUGCUCUGAAUUGCCAUGUGUCUUGUAUUGUUUGUGGUACAACGUUUUGCAGUUUUACAAUAAAAAUUUAAAUAAAAAUAAAAACAUGUUUGCCGUUGUCUCCGUUAAGUGUCGUCACCAAUGCAGAAACAAACUGUGGCCUAGAGCUGUACACCAGGGUCUUUGUGCAGGCAGUGAUGUACUGCAUGGGCCCUAGUCACAAAACUGCAAGGCGUGUUUUGUUUAAGAGGUGUUUUUUAAAGCCCAUUUUGAUUAAUUCAGUCAAGUUUGCAGUCUGUUAAAACCUUCUCAACUGUUUGAAAGAGGGUUAGAAGUUUAUUUUUAUUUUUUCAGGAUGUUUUAUAAACAAUGUUCAAUUAGCAUGGCAAACCAACCUGUAUGAGGAACCGUAGUGUUCAGCAGUAUCUGUUUUUUCCCCUCCUGAGGAAGCUCAUUAAGAGACACAUAUAAACACAUUUGCAUACUGUCACACAAACAGUGUACGCUGCAUUGGGUCCUAUGAAUGAUUUACUCAGACUUUAUUUACAGGUACGUUUUAAAAGCUUUUGGGUUAAUGAAGACAGCUUGUUCUUCACUAAACGUUGACUGUUUAAGCGAAUUGUCUGUUUAUUAUCCCCUCCCGUGGGUGCAUAUCUGGGGGUAUUGCAGACAGUGAAGGUGCCUGUAUGUACCUAUAGAACUAUUUUAAAAUGUAUGCAUAGAUCUAAAGAACCACUAAUUCAAUUAUGAUGAAACUUGGUUUGGCCCUUAAGCACAAUUUUUUGCAAAUCUGGGAAUAUAAUCUGGACCCUAUGUGUCCACUGCACUGCAUACCUUAGAUAGCUAUUGCGUUUUUUAGAUACCAUAUAACAAACAUUUGUAUUACUUAUUCUUACACAAAGGAAGUGUAAGAUAUUACCACAUCUUUGUAUGUUUGUUAUAAAAGUCAUUCGUUCAGCAUAUGAAAAUUAUGAAAUGCAUACAUUUGUAUUUAUUAUUUUAUUGCACACACAAUAAAGAGAUUACAUUCUUACAGCUUUAUAUGAAUUGACACUUUCAAUUACAGUGCAUUACAUUUAUAAGAUACAGAAUAUGUAAUAUGUAUUGAUACCAAAAUAAUUAUAAUUAAUACCAAAAGAAACUUGACAAAACUCAACAAAAUGUUUUUCAAAAAAGUAUAUUUACAGAUCAUGCAUAAUAGAUUUUUUUUUAGCAUAUUAAGAGGAUAUUGACC